GCCGGGCGUGGGCGACGGCCGGCCGGGGGCGCGCGGAGCAGCCGUCGCGGGGCCUCGCCGCGGCCUCCAGCGCCCCAGUCACGGGGAAUGCAGUGGCCCCCGACCCCUGGCGCCUCCGCGUGUCUGGGCUGGGCCUCAUCGCUCGCCUGCUCCACGGCCGCGACGCUCCUGGGCCGAGCCGGCCGGGGCCCCCUCAUGGCGGCCAAGUGGUUCAAGGAGUUCCCCCUGAACCUGAAGACCGUGUCGGAGCGGGCCAAGCCCGGGGGCGGCGGCGGCAAACUGCGCAAGAACUCGGAGGCAGGUGGCGCUGGGCCGGGUCCUGGCAAGGGCCGCAAGAACUCAGCGGCCGAGCUGGGGAGCGGCAGGGCUGGCGUCGGCCCCAAGGACAGCCGGCUGUCCCGCGACAGCCUGCAGGGUCUGAUUCAGGCCGCCGCGGGCAAGGGCCGCAAAAACUCCCGGGCCACGGAGGAGGAGCCACACCGGGGUGCGACCAAGAGCUCGGGAUGCAGCACCUACAUCAACAGGCUCAUCAAGGUGGACACUCAGGAGAAGAACGGGAAGAGCAACUACCCCAGCAGCAGUAGCUCCAACUCCAGCUCCUCUUCCUCCGCGUCCUCUUCCCCUUCCUCCCUGGGGCCCGAGCUGGACAAGGGCAAGAUUAUUAAGCAGCAAGACACGGUCAUCAUUUUAGAAGACUAUGCUGACCCUUAUGAUGCCAAACGGACAAAGGGUCAAAGGGAUGCAGAGAGAGUUGGAGAGAACGACGGUUACAUGGAACCAUAUGAUGCACAGCAAAUGAUAACAGAAAUUAGACGACGGGGUUCCAAAGAUCCCCUGGUGAAGGCUCUCCAGCUGCUUGACAGUCCCUGUGAACCCGCAGACGGUGGCCUGAAGUCAGAGACCUUGGCCAAAAGACGGAGUUCCAAGGACCUCCUGGGGAAGCCGCCACAGCUGUAUGACACUCCCUACGAGCCUGCAGAAGGGGGGCCCAGGGCAGAGGGGAAGGCGCGGCCCCCAGACAGCCGGCUGCCCGAGAACGACGAGCGGCCCGCGGCAGAGUACGAGCAGCCAUGGGAGUGGAAGAAGGAGCAGAUCGUGCGGGCUCUGUCAGUCCAGUUUGAAGGAGCUGAGCGACCUUCCGUCAGGGAGGAGACAGUGAGGCAGCACCACCGGCAGAAGAGCUGGACCCAGAAGAUCCUGAAGCCAGCCCUCUCGGACCACAGUGAGGGAGGGAAAGUGGACCCGGGCCUGCCCCUGGAGAAGCAGCCCUGGUAUCAUGGUGCCAUCAGCCGUGCUGAGGCUGAGAGUCGACUACAGCCCUGCAAAGAAGCUGGUUACCUGGUUCGAAAUAGUGAGUCAGGGAACAGCAGGUACUCCAUUGCCCUAAAGACUAGUCAAGGAUGUGUCCACAUCAUAGUGGCUCAGACCAAAGACAACAAAUACACACUGAAUCAGACAAGCGCUGUGUUUGACAGCAUCCCUGAAGUGGUACACUAUUAUUCCAAUGAAAAGUUGCCUUUCAAAGGGGCAGAACACAUGACUUUACUCUACCCAGUGCACAGCAAGCUUCACUAAGAUUCAGCCACUGCAAGCCCUGGGCCUCUGGCACCUGCAAGGGCAUCAUCAGCGCACAACCAGCAUCUCACAGGACAAGGCUGGACUGGCAACUGCUAGAAAAUGGGAGUCUUCCUUGAAAAGUCAGAGAGUGAUUUGUUUUGUUGUGUUUUGUUUUGUUUGAGACGAAGUCUCACUGUGUUGCCCAGGCUGGAGUGCAAUGGCGCGAUCUUGGCUCACUGCAACAUCUGACUCCUGGGUUCAAGCAGUUUUCCUCCCUCAGCCUCCCAAGUAGCUGGGACUAUAGGUGCGCGCCACCACUCCUGGCUAAUUUUUUUUUUUUUGUAUUUUUAGUAGAGACGGGGUUUCACCAUGUUGGUCAGGCUGGUGUCAAACUCCUGACCUCAAAUGAUCCACCCACCUCAGUCUCCCAGAGUGCCUGGAUUACAGGCAUGAGCCACCGCACCUGGCCGAGUCUUUGGUCUUAAAGUGAUUCCAUGACACUUUGUUCGUGACCUGUCCCUUGUUUCCUUGCUAAGUAGUUCUACAAUAAGAAAUCAUGAUUUAGCUGUUGCCUCCAGCUCUGGGGUAGGGUGUUCUUUUUAUGGUGUGACCCUCAGGAAAGUUAAGUUAGGAGUUCAGGAGCAUCAGAGUUCUCCAGAAAUGUGCCUACUUGUUACCUGGAAUACCUGGUCUCUAAACAAACCAACAAAAAAUCCACGUGGCUUUUCAUGAUGGUGCAGACUGGAAGAGGAUGUUAUAUUGGACUCGUUAUUGGGGAAAUGAAUGAGCGGGAGCAAAUGUGAAUGACGGGCAAGAAGGUUGUCUUUCUCCCUCAGAAGUCCUAAUUCAGCUCUGGAGUUCAUGGAAAUCCACAACUUCAGAGUGUGGCCUACGGAUUAUUUUGUUGGUCAGCCUUUCCAAGAAAAUGUGUGUUCUCCCAAUCUCUGUGGAUUUUCUCAUUUUUUAGCAAAUCAGUGAGAUAAGCAUAAAUAGGAAGGAAGAUACCCCAGGUUUAAGAAUCACCAAUAUCAUUAGGCAUUGGCAUCAUUAUUAGAAUUCUGAAUUAUAGAAUAAAAGGUACAACAAAGAUUUCAUUUCUGAAUUUUAAAAUUCUGGAAAUUUGCAAAGCUCCACAACUUUUUUUACUGAAUUGCUUACAUAGAACUUCGAUGUCUUUUGUUUCAUCAUCAUUGGGCAUUUUAGUUGCUAUGGAAUAAUUUUUAAUUUUUGUCUUUAAAAUUAGAUUUGCUUUGUGUUUGUAGUAAAUUUUUUAAAAAUGCAACCCUGAGAUCUGAUUUGUAUGAACUGGGUCUCUAAAUCCCACAAAGAUUUUCUCGUUCUGUACCUUGUACUAUACAGAAGUGUUUGAAAAGACCUAGAGGUUUUCUCUUAAAUACCAUUACUUAAGAUUCAUAGUAUUAGGAUCUUUAUGAUUUAUCAUGAGUUUAUAUCACCAGUUUAUUUACUGUGAAAAAAACCAUGGGAAUGGCAUACUGUGAGAAGAGUACUGUGGUCAGUGGCUCCAGAAUUAAAAUUCAGCAGAUGUGUCUGUAUUCUGGGGUUGGUCAUUUGGGUCUCAAAACUGCCCCAUAUGCAAAUGUACUUACUGUCAUCAAUGAAAAGUUAACCUUUGUAGCUUAUAAAUACACACAAAAUGUUGAUUUGGUUAAUUUUUUAGGAAAGUAUACCUUUCUAGUUACUAGUUAUAUUUGACUAUAAGAUUUAGAGGUUAGUAAAUUUUUGCUGCUUUAUUCAGAUAAGAUCUCAGCCAAAAGGUUGUGUGAUCUUUGAUUUUAAAAAUUUAAGAGGAACUUUUCCUCACUGGAACACAGUGAUUUUAUUAAUAAAGAAUGUAGGCUGGGUGCAGUGGCUCAUGCACGUAAUCCCAACAAUUUGGGAGGCUGAGGCAGGCAGAUCACCUGAGGUCGGGAGUGCUGACACCAGUCUGGCCAACAUGGCGAAACCCCAACUCUAUACAAAAAGUACAAAAAUUAGGCCAGGCGCAGUGGCUCACGCCUGUAAUCCCAGCACUUUGGGAGGCCCAGGCGGGCAGAUCAUUGGAGGUCAGGAGUUUGAGACCAGCCUGGCCAACAUGGUGAAACCCCCGUCUCUAGUAAAAAUACAAAAAUUAGCUGGGUACGGUGGCGGGCACCUGUAGUUCCAGCUACUUGGGAGGCUGAGGCACGAGAAUCACUUGAGCCCAGGAGGUGGAGGUUGCAGUGAGCCAAGAUUAUGCCACUGCACUCCAUCCUGGGUGACAAGAGUGAAACUCCAUCUCAAAAAAAAAAAAAAAAAAAAAAAAGCCUGGCCUGGUGAUGGAUGCCUGUGGUUCCAGCUAUUCGGGAGGCUGAGGUAGGUGGAUCACCUCUGCUCAGGUCAAGGCUGCAGCAAGCCGUGAUCGCACCACUGCACUCCAGCCUGAGUGACAGAGUGAGAUCCUGUCUCAACAAGCAAACAAACAAAAAACCAAAAGGAAUGUUUUUUUUUAGAUACUGAUAGAAUGUUUUCAGUGUGUAUUGGUUCAUUUACUCUAUCUUUAGUGUAAGAUUUUAAAAGGUUUUUUUCAGCAUCCAUUCAACAAAUAUUUAUUAUCUUUAUACAAGUUAUUCAUUGUGUUAAACUUAUUUUUAGUUUAACAUUCUAGAAAUGAAACCUUUUUACUUAACCUUAUUCUACAAAGGGAAUACAGCAGUUAUUCUAAUUUUAAUAAAUGCUAAAAGCUUUAUACAAUUUUUCUUCUUGCACUAAAUGAUUUUUGGCCCACACCCAGCAACUGUGAUGAAUGUAUAAUGAAAUAACAUCUUGAAAACAGGCCAGAUACAUUAAGUAUUUAUUGAGUUUCUGUCAUAUGCCCAGUAUUGUGCUUCUUCUAUACUGUUUCUCUGUGACAAGUCAUACUAUAUUCUUUAUAGAAUUAAAAGUAGAGGAGAGGCAGAGUUUAUAUAUUGUCCAGUUGCUUUACAGUUGUACAGGAGGUUAUAAGAAGAAAUAUAGUAAAUUAGUGGGAAGUCGGAGGUAGGGGGGUUAGUGAGCUACUAUUUUCUUCUUGAGGUUGUGACACAAGCUGACAAGAGCCAGGGAGUUCACAGCUGUGUGGUGGCACAAAAUUCCAUAUGUUCUAAAAACAAUUAGGCCCAGCAGGGUGUCCCUAAUGGCUUCCUUGUUAAACCUCCCUGGCCGGCUGAUCUGAAGCUCUGUGACUUGUUCUCUGAGCUCUGAAUGCUCUGGCUUUUUGUCAUUUUGUCUUGAGACAAGUAUUUUCCUGUAGUCCUCAUUACUUUGAGUUAUUCCAUCUCCCAGGAUAUUCUCUGGUAAGAAGAAUGUCUUUUAGUGAAUUUGCCUUGAAUUUAGCAUCCAUAGAGCUGUGUCAGUGUUCUUGAUCACACCUUCUUUAAAAAAAUACUCUGCUUGCGAUGACUGGACAAGUUCAGUUGGUUAGUUUCAGGCCUAUAAGAAGAGAGAGUAAAGGACAUUGCUAUUUACUUUGAUACCAUAGUUGUAUCUCUCACGAUGGCCUGCAAACCACUGGCUUUGUGUGUAUUUAAGCUAGGAAUAAAAUAAUGGAGAAAUGUUAAUAUGUAUACAAAAAGGUAAAUAUUGAUAUACCUACUCUCUGUUGGGGGCAGAAGUGUCAUUUUAAGUUAUUCAAAGCACUUUCUUAAGCAUUUUAGAAAGCCUUUAUUCUUUGCUGUUGGAAGUCUCUGUACUUUGCAGAAUUGGUAUUUGUGUACUAGCCUCUGCCACAGGAUGGGGAGGUGGGCAGGUAGUUGAUAGGGGCAGCCAGGAGUUUUUGAGGCAGGUGGUGGGAAAUUGUCCUAAUUUGUUAAUUGGAUUAUGCAACUCUGUUACUAGUCUGUUAUUGGCUAUUGUUAUUGGAUGCAUCUUGAUAUUAAUUCAGAAGAAUAACUGUGAGGCAUUCUUCAGUUGCUGGUUAAGUGGGGUUAGUUUCUGUUCUAUCAGAUGCCCUUUUUCAGUCAAAGGUUAUAGCCCCUUGUUUCUCCCUCCUUCCAGGGUCUAGGGAGUGCAGUGAUGUCGAUUUCAUUUCCCUUCCCUGCACACCCUUGACACUCAGCAGGAUUGCACCGAAACCCUUCUCAGAUCUCUCGUUCAUUAGUUGUCUCCUAUUUUUCCAUAACCAGCACGAGUUUGGCCUUAUGACCUGGUUAGAAUCACUCUUCUGUAUUCUCAUUUCCAAUUUUUGUACCCCACUAACUUGGGCUUAGAGAAACUUGGCCUGCUGUGCCGUGGGCCUUCUGUUCAACUUACCCUCCAUCGCUGACCCUGUGUGAAGAAAGAUGGUGCGUUACUGCCAUCUAAUGGAAAAAGAGAAAACUGCAGUUGGGAAAAGCCGCUGUGCAUUUAAGGGUAGGGCUUUCUGAAGGAUUUCUGAUACAGUCCAGAAAAGGGAAAAUGAUGACACAGCAGUUGCCAUCUUGAAAAAUGCCCUUUCCUGCGGAAAGGGUGCUUUGAAGCCUAAUACAACUAUCAUCACAAGGUCCCUGGACUGAGGCUGGAUCGUGUAAUUUAGAAUCUCAAAUUGUAUUUUAAUUAAUAUGCUGGCAACAGAAUCAUUGAGACAGGCAUCUCAUUUUGUCAAGUUCUUAGCCGUUCAGUUUGUCAGGGGCUUUAAUAUUUUAGAUAUCAACUAAUACAUAGUUUCAACUUUUAAAAAUAUUUGAAGAUUGUAUGUAAUAUAGGUGCCUAUCUAUAGUGCCUUAGUAAUUUAUAUCAGAAAUAUUUUAUAAAAUUUCUGGUUGUUUUGCAGUAGCCGAUAUAGGCGUCAUGCCCUCCUGAAGAUGGUUUCCUCUGAAAUGUAACUUUAAAUAAACAUUAUUCCAAGAAAA